AUGCGAGUUAUCCCCCUUGAGAAUUGUCGCCAGAGGACGUCACACGUUAUUUUUAACCAAAGACGAGCAAGCCUUCUAUUCACUGCGGAAUUCUUUGGAUUAUUAUUAUUUUUUUCAUUAAGUUCGAUCUUUUCUUAUCGAAGUAUAGGCAUGGAUUCUGCUUCUAAUUCAACUGAAAUGGAGUCGGUAGUUGCAACACCUGCUAGUACCUUUUCUGAUACAAAUCUUACCGAUUAUAUGGAUGUUGUCACCACUUAUAAAUGUCGAGUUUGUAGCUUUACAUGUUCCCACCCUCAAGGGGUUAGCAGCCAUGUGCGCAAUGUGCAUAUGAAAACAACCAUUGCACCUGCUGCUCCACCCUCAGCAGCACUACCCACUAGUUCAGCAGCUAUGGACAUUCCCUCCUCACAAAGUGCUGAGCAGGUUGGAAACUGUACUACCAAAGUUAGUAUUGAGGAAGAUACACAAAAAUCUAUUAAAAUACAUUCUUCAGAAUCUUCACAAGCUCUUCAGACUUUCUCACCUGCAGAAAGAGUCUCCAUGAUUGAUAAAUCCCAAUUAUCAACCAUGAUGGGAUCCCAAACUAGUGAUCAGCAAGUUAUCUUCACACAAGCAGCUGUUACACAACCCCAAGUGAUAGCAACUCAGAGUGACAUCUUGACCUCUGCAGGCAAUAUUGUAUCAUCCUACCUCCCCAUGGAAACAGCAGUCAGUGAUGGCAAUUCUAUAACUUUUCUCAGUCAGUCAGCACUUGAUUCCCAGACUAUUAGCCAUUUUUCUGUUGCCUCUUCAGAUUCUAUUUUGUCUGAAGCCCAAAUUGGAACCAGCCCAGUAAAAACAAAAGAGCUGUUUCUCUGUGGCCAGUGCAGUAUUGGAUUCGACACUAUUGAGGAAUGUAAAAAUCACAUGGUCCAGGUGCACAAUGUCCUACCUCCCAGCCAAGGGAGUAGCUCAAAUGUUGAUUCUGUCACACGAGUUAGUGUUGGCACCCAGGUAAUGUCAGCAAGAAAGAAGCCAGGUCGUAAGCGUAAAAACCCAGCUCCACUUAGGUCACCGUCUCCUACAUCAGAUAAAGACUGGGAGGAAGAUGAUUCCAGCGAGUGGUAUUCUCGCAAGGGUAGAAACCGUCGAAAGAUACGUCCACCAAAGGCCUUAAAAGAGGAUUACUAUUUGGGCAAAAAGAAGAAGCGAACAAAGGAGACUUUAAUGCUCAGUGAAGGUUAUAAUCUCAAAUGUAGUAUGCAAGGAUGUUUUGCUAAGUUUAAGAAAGAACAAAGUCUUAAGAUCCAUAAUAUGUGCCACAAAAAAGACAAUGAUAAAUCCUAUUUCGUUUGCACUGUUUGCGUCCUUGAGUUUUCACUGUGGAAACACCUAAGGAUGCACUUGUGGCGGAACCAUUCUAUAGACACAGAUUUGUUUCCUUGUAAUGGCUGUGAUUUUCGGACGGACACAAUUCACAAGCUGUUGGUCCAUAAAGAAAUACAUGGCGAUGAGAGGCCUUACACAUGUGAUGUUUGCUGGAAAGGAUUCAAACAGUUUAGUCAGAUGCGUAACCACCAAAUGAUUCAUGUGGAAUACCAGUCAAACGAGGCUGACCGAUGGUACACAACCAAACAGUGUGAUAUUUGUAAACGGUCAUUUGCCAAUCAAAAGUGUCUAAAUAAACACAUUCAAGCUGUGCACAGUAAGAUCAAGCCUUAUGUCUGUUCAUAUUGUGGCCAUUCCACAGCACGGAAAGCCAUGUUGCAACUUCACCUGCGAAUCCACACAGGAGAAAAACCAUUCAAGUGUGAUGUAUGCCAGUAUGCAACAGGAGACCACAAUUCUCUUCGACGUCACAAGAUGAGGCACACUGGCUUACGGCCCUACAAAUGUCAAUAUUGCACUUAUUCGUGCAUCCAAGCUAUUUCGCUAAAGACGCACAUGAAGAACAAGCACCCAGGCUCUUCGGGAAUCUAUCACUGUGAUAUUUGCAACUACAGGACAGUCAAUUCCACCAGCUUCUCAAACCAUGUCAGUGAUCACAAAAAUGGUUUGAUUGAUAUGCAAGAGCCCAUUGCUUCAGGCAGUGAAACAACAGUAAACACUGCAUCACCCCUAUCAGUAACCACAGCUCAAACAAAUGUGUCCAAGAGCAAAGACAAAGUUCAAAGGUCGAGUGAUAUCGGCAAUACAUCAAUCCAGGCAGAGUUAGCAACCGUUGAAAAUGGGGUCACACAUUUGAGUCCAGAUGACAUAGUUAAAAUUGCUCAGGCUGGUGAUGGCCUUGUAUCAACAGAUCUCACAGCAGCCGAAUUGAUUUAUGCUAUUGCUGCUAAUACGGCCCAACAGGAUAACCAGAUAAGAAAAGAGAGAGAGAAAAAGAAAUUUCUCUCUCCAUUUCUUUUUCUCUUUCUCCAUUUCUUUUUCUCUUUCUCCAUUUCUUUUUCUCUUUCUCCAUUUCUUUUUCUCUUUCUCCUUCUCCAUUUCUUUUUCUUUUUCUCUCUCUCCUUUUUCUUUUUCUCUCUCUCCUUUUUCUUUUUCUCUCUCUCCUUUUUCUUUUUCUCUCCAGAAAAAGAAUCUAUCUAUCUAUCUAUCUAUCUAUCUAUCUAUCUAUCUAUCUCAUUCUCGUUCUCUUUCUCUCUCUCUCUUUCUCCUUUCUCUCUCUAUCUAUCUGCUAAGGAUGUGACUCAACUCAACCUAUGGCAGCACGUCAUCCGUAAGGUUUGGUUUAUCAACGGAUUAAAAAAAGGUUGA